AUGGGUGCUGCUUGUUGUGUUGCAGCCAGAGAUAAAACUAUUCAAAGUGGACCAACUAGUGAAAUCUGGCAUAGGAAUGUUCGUUGUUCCCCGACAUGGAGCUUGAGGUGGGAUCAUCGAGGCCGUGUAGCCGGAGAAGAUACUACUAUAAAUUGGUUUUCGGAUGGUGUCAGCAGCAAUGAUAGGUUGGAGAAUAAAAAUGAAUCACAUAUAUCCGAGGAUGGAAGCCCGUCGCAGAAUAAUCAAAGGAAUAGAUGGCUAAAGUCCCCAAUCUCUGAAGGAGCUGCUAGACACACAAAAUCAUUUUCUGAUCAAUCUAUUCCAAGGAAUGUUUCCAUGGAUGGGAGAAUGGAACAGGUGAAGGAGUUGGAAGACCUAUCAGCAGUAUCAUGUCCAUUUCCUACAAAAGCUUCACCCACAUUGUCUUCUACUUCGUUGUCAAUAUCUCCUCUUCCAUCUCAAAGCCGCCCACCUCCAUCGAGCUCAACACCAUUAAGGCGGCCCUCCCAUUCCACAGGACAACAGUUAUCACGACAGGUUUCUGAUAGCCGAAUCAUGGGAUUUAAGUCACCUAGCAAUUUUGAUGUAUCUGAAGAAAGGCCAGUGUUUCCUUCGUGGAGCAAUGAAUAUGGUAUGGACUCUGGUGGUGGAUCUUCAGAUUAUUGCUCUAGGCCUGGCUUUACUGAGCUGACGGGCAAUUCUCCCAUUGAAAGAUGGUCAUAUGAUAGCGAGUCAUUUGGUUUUAAUUGUGAAAGGUUGGCUAGAUUCAGUAAUCGCUUUUCAACUUCUCCAGUUGAUUUACAAACAUGUGGUGUUUGCUCAAAUCUUCUAACCGAAAAGUCUUCUUGGAGCUCUCAAAAGAUUAUUGUAAAUAAUGACCUUUGUGUAGUUUCUGUUCUUAUUUGUGGACAUGUCUAUCAUGCUGAAUGCUUAGAGAGUAUGACACCUGAAAUCAACAAGUAUGAUCCAGCUUGCCCUGUUUGCACUUUUGGCGAGAAACAAGCUCGUAAAUUAUUUGAAAAAACUUUGAAAGCUGAAAUGGAUUCAAAAGCUCGAAAUAAGAAAUCAAGGAACCAAAUUGUGGAUAAUGAUAUUGAUGGUGGUUCUGCUGUAUUUGAUCAGUUUAAAGAUAAAAAGCGUCAAAGUAAAAGUCCUAGAAUGGACUCUAGUUCUAGCAAGAGAAGCUCUUCUGGGAAACCUUUUCUGAGUAGACACUUCUCAUUUGGCUCAAAGGGUUCAAAAUCAAUGCUAGAUAACCACCCAACCCGAAAAAAGGGCUUUUUUUGGGCAAAAUCUAGCAGGGAAUAA